GUGGUUUGUCAGUUGUCCGCAACUCACAAAUCACCAUCACACGUUGUCUUAUGUGGCUGAACCCCCGUUUGACAUCACGGGCAUAAAAUUGUGACAGAUUCAGAUGCAACUCAACUCACCAACCCCUACUCAUCCUUGUAUCUAAUCCAAUCACUUCCAAUCGGAGUUGAGAAAAUGUCGUCGUCGUAUUUUCUCCCUCUCCUUCAACCGUCUCCGACGUUACACCGCCGAUCGCACCUAUCUUCUUUCCAAAUCAAACUAAAACCAACUUGCCGUUCGAUGAAUAACUAUAAUUCUUCUGACGCUACACUUGUGUUUGCUCCUACUUACGGUAACUCCAGUCGUCGAUGCGUUAAGGUCAGAUCAAAUUUCAGUUUCCCGCUAAUCUCUCCGUCAGAUCACUGGGGUAACUGGACUGCUCUUUUUUCCAUUGGCGCGAUUGGUAGCUGGUCAGAGAAGACAACGAUUGGGAAUAUGUUAAGUGGAGCGUUGAUGAGCACAUUGAUUGGACUAGUUGCUAGUAAUUUGGGGCUUAUUUCUAGUGAAGCCCAUGCUUAUCCGAUUGUGUUGGAGUAUCUGUUGCCAUUAGCUGUUCCCUUGUUGUUGUUUAGGGCGGAUAUGUUUCGAGUUUUUCGCUCAACUGGGAAGCUGCUUUUGGCUUUCUUGAUUGGAUCAGUGGCAACUACGGUUGGAACGGUUGUGGCUUAUUGGAUGGUUCCAAUGCGGCAACUUGGUGGAGAAGGCUGGAAAAUAGCUGCUGCUUUAAUGGGUAGACAUAUUGGUGGAGCUGUGAAUUAUGUUGCCAUUGCUGAAGCCCUACAAGUUUCUCCUUCAGUUUUAGCUGCCGGUCUAGCUGCUGAUAACGUUAUCUGUGCAGUAUAUUUUGCGACAUUGUUCGCACUAGCUGCUAAAAUCCCUCCCGAGAGUUCACCAGUAACUACCGAUGCUGAAGAGGAAGUGAAAUCAGAAUAUGGGAACAGACUUCCGUUGCUGCCAUCUGCAACGGCCCUAGCCGUAUCUUUCGCCAUCUGUAAACUUGGCAGUUUUGUGACAAAAUAUUUUGCAAUUCAAGGUGGAAGCCUUCCAGCUGUUACGGCUAUUGUUGUUGUGUUAGCAACUGUAUUUCCAAAGCAGUUUACUCACCUUGCACCUGCGGGUGAGGUCAUGGCCUUGAUUCUAAUGCAGGUAUUUUUCACUGUUAUUGGUGCAAGUGGGAACUUAUGGAAUGUGAUAAACACAGCACCUAGUAUAUUCUUAUUUGCUCUGGUCCAGCUGGCAGUUCAUCUAGCAGUUAUUUUGGGUUUAGGAAAGGUGUUUAGAUUUGAGCUGAAUCUGUUGUUGUUGGCAUCAAAUGCAAAUGUUGGAGGGCCUACAACAGCUUGUGGAAUGGCUACAGCCAAAGGAUGGAGUUCGUUGGUCGUUCCUGCAAUUCUUGCUGGAAUUUUUGGUAUUGCAAUUGCUACUUUUCUAGGUGUCGCGUUUGGAGCUAAAGUCCUUCAGUACAUGUAAACUAUUUCGAGGUUUGUAGUUUGUACAGUUAAAUGUAAGUUUUCUGUUUCAGAUCGUGUCCUGGAUAACUUUCUGUAGUGUGUCGUCUUACUUUCAAUUAAAGUAUUUCAAGUGUAUAAAAUCAGUAUUCGAAAGUCUUGCAAAAAA